UUUUUAAAAUAAUAGUAAACCCAAACACACAUGUCGAAGGCUUUGCUGUCGUUUCAAGAAACUUACAAUACUGCCAAUAAGUUUCCCACAUUUUCCUGAUUUCCUGAUACAUUUGAAAGACACACACUCAACACACACUAUAUAUUACCAUUAUGCUCCACCAUCUCCCUAAUCCUAGCCAGUCUGCUGAUAUUCCUGGUGUGCGUUCCGGCUUUAACUUUGUCAACUGCCGGCGAAAUGCAGAGUUGCUGGCCCAGGGAUACCAGCCACCGAAGGCUGUCCGUACUGGCACAUCCAUUGUGGGUCUAAUCUACCGCGAUGGCGUUAUCCUGGGCGCCGAUACCAGAGCCACUGAAGGCCCCAUUGUCUCCGAUAAGAACUGCUCCAAGAUCCACUAUCUGCAGAACCACAUUUACUGCUGUGGCGCUGGCACUGCUGCUGAUACUGAGAUGAUGACCGUGAUGACCUCCGCGGAGCUGGACAUGCACAGCCUGAACACUGGACGGUCGGUGGUGCCGGUGGUCUGUGCCAGCAUGCUCCUCCGACGCACCCUUUUCCGUUACCAGGGUCACAUCGGUGCCGCCUUAUUGCUGGGCGGCGUGGAUAGAUCGGGGCCACAGAUCUACUGCAUCUAUCCAUGCGGUUCCAAUGACAAAAUACCCUACGUUGCCAUGGGCUCUGGCACUCUGGCGGCCAUGUCUGUGCUGGAGCACGGCUGGCGUCCGGAUUUGGACUAUGAGGAGGGCAAGCAGCUAGUGCGAGAGGCCAUCUCGGCUGGAGUCUUUAACGAUCUGGGCUCCGGAUCGAACAUCGAUCUGUGCGUGAUCACUGCCAAGGGGGCCAAUUACCUACGCACGGAUACGGUGGCCAGCGAAAAGGGUGGACGAGUGGGCAAGUAUGCCAUCAAGCCCAACUCCACGCUGAUCACCUCAAUCUCCGUGAACAGUCUCCUGGUCACCGAGGAGAAGAUCUACUCUCCGUCCCAAAUGAUAGAUGUCCAGCAAUCGGGACCCAGUGGCCUCCAGGUCCAGCUUGAUGAGGAGGAGGGUCUGCCACAGCCAGGAGGAUCCCAGAAUCGGUAAAAGGCUAGCCCUUAAAAUGAAAAUUAACUGUUAGCCAUCUCAUAUAAAAGCUAUUUAAAAAGAUAUUAUCCACUCCCUAAAUGCAUCAAAAAUACUCUGUUAAAGUAAAUGGUAUUUUAUUAUUUA